GCACCUGCGCUCGCUUCGUCGUCUUCUUGCUUCUCAAGGUCUCUGUCUCGCACCUGGUCUCGAUCUCUCCCUUCCCUGCGCUCUUCGUCGCCGGUAGCAGAGGCAACAGAUCCCGGUGGGCUGAUCUUUGUUGUCGUCUUCUUGCUUCGAGCCUUGCCGUCAGCUUCUCCCUCGCCAUCAGCUUCUCCUUCGCCGUCAACUUCCUUCGUGCAACACGAUUUGAAUAAUCACUUAGUUAAGUUUUGCUUCAUCUCUCUGCCCAGAAAGAGUGCAUUGUAAUCAUGGUCCAGUGGCAAAGGCAUUUCUUGCCAGUUUUUCGUCAAAUUGCACACUUUGCUACCACCUCAUCUCCCCAAGGUAAGGGUCUGACGACGUUGACAGCAAGAACAAUACUAUUGCCCUCAAUUUCAAUUCGUAGCCCUGUUUAUCAUUCUUUCCAAUCCCAGGGAAUUUCGGGUUCUACCUGUUUGCUUUCUAAGUCAUCAGAUCUGGAACAAACACCAACUUCCUCCCCGUUAGCCUUAACUUCCUUUUUGGGUAGCAAAGAAGCUCAAGACCAGAAGCAGACACCUGUUAAGAAAGAAAGAGUUCAAGCAGUAAUGUCAAAAAUAAAGCAGAGUCCUAAGAAGGUCAACUUGGUUGCUGCUUUGGUUCGUGGUAUGCUGGUUAAAGAUGCAUUGCUGCAAUUGCAAGUGACAGUAAAGCGAGCUUCAAGAACUGUAUAUCAGGGUAUUACUCAAGCCCAAGGAAAUGCCGUAAAUAAUCAUGGAUUGGAUGCAGAGCGCCUCAUUGUUGGUACACUUCAAAUUUUGCAAUUGUGUAACUUAAUUUGUUUAGCCACUUUGUUUAAAUCCGUGCUGAUGCUGUUUCAUAUUCCUUGCAGCCGAAGCAUUUGUUGGAAAAGGAUUAUUCCGGAAGAAAGUUUCUUACCAUUCCAAAGGAAGAGCCGGCAUCAAAGUCAAACCGGAAUGCAGGCUAACAGUUGUAGUAAGAGAAAUAACCGCUGAAGAAGAGGCGAAGAUUGCGAGGUUGAAGGUUCACAAUUUCCGCAAGCUCACGAAGCGUGAGAAACGGCUUGUGCCGCAUCAGCUUAUUGUGUCCAAUCCUGUUUGGGGCCGCAAAAACAAAUCUAGCGAUCGAAACUCGAGUGCCACUGCUGCAUGAGCUUCUUAAAUAUUUCAGAGUUUCAAAAUAGUUGUUUAAUGGU